AGAGAGAAUGAAGAAACAAUGCUAGCAAAACAGAGUCGAGAUAUCACAACUUGUGCGCCGAAAAGGAAAAGCCCAUUAAGAGGAAUUAAAUGGGCCGAGAGAUAAAUGCCGGUUCGUCCGUAGAUGAGAAGACACGUGUCAGGUCGGGUAGAGAGUUGGCGGCUGAUCGUGGGAUCCACGUCAUACAACGCGCCAGCUGACCUUUUCCUCUGUUCGAAGAUCAAUCAACAUCACCUUAACAGAUUCAUACCAAAAAGGAGCAUCUUUCGCUACAAAUUCUGUAAUCAAACGAAAACUCAAAAGUUGUCGAUUUUUGAAAUUCGAAGAGAGGUUUUAAGACUUUGAUAAAAUGGCAUUGUUUCGCAAAUUGUUCUACCGCAAGCCUCCAGAUGGUUUGCUCGAGAUAUGCGACAGAGUUUUCGUGUUCGAUUGCUGCUUCUCUACCGAUUCAUGGGAAGAAGAAAACUACAAAGUUUAUAUGGCAGGAGUAGUCAAUCAACUACAAGAGCAUUUCCCUGAAGCAUCUUCUCUUGUGUUUAAUUUCCGUGAAGUGGGUACUCGAAGUGUGAUGGCUGAUGUCUUAUCUGAACAUGGCUUGACUAUAAUGGAUUAUCCUCGGCACUACGAAGGCUGCUCAUUGUUACCUGUGGAAGUGAUGCAUCAUUUUCUCCGGUCAAGUGAAAGUUGGCUCUCGCUUGGGCCAAAUAACUUGUUACUAAUGCAUUGUGAAAGUGGGGCUUGGCCUGUUUUAGCUUUUAUGCUAGCUGCCCUCCUUAUAUACAGGAAGCAGUAUAGUGGUGAGUCUAAGACUUUGGACAUGAUCUACAAGCAGGCUCCGCGUGAGCUUCUGCGUUUGUUCUCGCCCUUGAACCCAAUUCCUUCUCAGCUUCGUUAUCUACAGUACGUGUCAAGAAGGAAUUUGGUCUCUGAAUGGCCUCCAUUGGAUAGGGCUCUCACCAUGGAUUGUGUUAUUUUGAGAUUUAUUCCUGAUGUUAGUGGACAAGGAGGCUUUCGCCCUAUGUUUCGAAUAUAUGGUCAGGAUCCCUUUUUUGUUGAUGAUAAAAAGCCUAAGCUUUUGUACACUACUCCCAAGAAAGGGAAACACCUGAGGGUCUACAAGCAGGCAGAAUGUGAACUAGUCAAGAUUGACAUUAAUUGUCAUGUGCAAGGUGAUAUCGUGAUCGAGUGCCUUAGUUUGAACGAUGACAUGGAAAGAGAGGUCAUGAUGUUUCGAGUGGUUUUUAACACUGCUUUUAUUAGAUCAAACAUUUUGAUGCUUAACCGUGAUGAAGUCGACACAUUAUGGCAUAUAAAAGAAUUCCCAAAGGGGUUCAGAGUUGAGCUUCUCUUCUCAGAUAUGGAUGCUGCCUCUUCUGUUGACUUGAUGAAUUUUUCUUCCUUGGAAGAGAAAGAUGGUCUUCCAAUAGAAGUUUUUUCCAAAGUUCAUGAGUUCUUCAAUCAAGUUGAUUGGGUUGAUCAGACAGAUGCCACACGCAAUAUGUUUCAGCAGUUAGCCAUUGCAAAUGCUGUCCAAGAAGGACUAGAUGGUAAUUCAAGCCCAAGACUACAAGGGUUAAGCCCUAAAAGUAUCCAUGAUAUUAUGAAGCAUGCAGCAAUUGAAAAUAGUGCAAAGUUCAAAUUGUCUUCAAUGUCCGAGGUUGAAACAAUCGACACACCAGAAAAGCCUCCUACUGAUUCAGUCAAGAAGUUUAUAGCAGAAGAUGUACAUUCUGUCCUUCAGAUAAAUAAUCAGGAACAAAACGCCAGCGAGGAUGCAACAAAGUUGUUACAUCAAGAGUCCCCUUCUCUCAAGCUUGUGCAUCAUUCUGCAACAGUUAAACCUCUUGUGGACGAUUCUAAAUCUCCAGAAAAUGCCGAGGAGAAUUUUCCGAAGAGUCCUUCAGCACAUGAUGGGAAAGCAAUCUCGUUUUCGCCACCCACACCGUCACCACCUCAUCCUGUAAGACCGCAGUUGGCUCAAGCGGGAGCACCUCCCCCACCUCCUCCACUUCCAGCUGCUGCUUCUAAACCUUCAGAGCAAUUGCAGCAUUCUGUUGUUCAAGCAACAGAGCCUCUGUCACAAGGAAAUUCCUGGAUGUCAUUAGCAGGCUCUACGUUUCAAACAGUUCCAAACGAAAAAAAUCUCAUUACACUGCCUCCAACACCUCCCCUUGCUUCUACAUCCCAUGCCUCUCCUGAGCCAUCUUCUAAAACAACAAAUUCAUUGUUACUGUCACCUCAAGCAUCACCAGCUACUCCCACCAACCCAUCAAAAACUGUUUCAGUAGAUUUUUUUGGUGCUGCUACUUCACCUCAUUUAGGAGCUUCCGAUAAUGUGGCUUCAAAUCUUGGACAACCGGCGAGGUCACCUCCUCCAAUAUCUAAUUCAGACAAAAAGCCUGCUUUGCCUCGACCGCCUCCUCCCCCUCCUCCCCCUCCAAUGCAGCAUUCCACAGUAACUAAAGUCCCCCCUCCACCACCACCAGCACCACCAGCACCCCCAACACCAAUUGUUCAUACCUCUUCUCCCCCUCCUCCUCCUCCUCCUCCUCCUCCGCCCGCUCCUCCAACACCACAAUCUAAUGGAAUCUCUGCUAUGAAAAGUUCACCUCCUGCACCACCUGCACCUCCCCGGCUUCCCACCCAUUCUGCCUCUCCUCCCCCUCCAACCGCGCCACCUCCACCACCAUUAGGUCAAACUAGGGCACCAUCAGCACCACCCCCUCCUCCUCCAAAGUUAGGAACCAAGUUAUCCCCAUCUGGUCCUAAUGUUCCUCCAACGCCUGCUUUACCAACUGGGCCUCUUUCAUCGGGAAAGGGGCGAAUGUUACGUGUUAAUUUAAAGAAUAGUCCAGCCAAAAAGUUAAAGCCAUACCACUGGUUGAAACUGACAAGAGCUGUCAAUGGGAGCUUAUGGGCUGAAACACAAAUGUCUAGUGAAGCUUCUAAGGCUCCUGACAUUGACAUGACAGAGCUUGAAAGUCUUUUCUCCGCAUCAGCUCCAGAACAAGCAGGAAAAUCGAGACUAGAUAGCUCUCGUGGACCUAAACCCGAGAAAGUCCAACUGAUUGAACACCGGCGAGCCUACAAUUGUGAAAUCAUGCUUUCAAAAGUGAAAGUACCUUUACAGGAUUUGACGAACUCAGUGCUUAACCUGGAGGAGUCGGCUCUUGAUGCUGAUCAGGUUGAGAACCUAAUUAAGUUUUGCCCAACAAGAGAAGAGAUGGAGUUACUAAAGGGUUAUACUGGUGACAAGGACAAGCUUGGAAAAUGCGAACUGUUCUUCUUAGAGAUGAUGAAAGUCCCACGAGUAGAAACAAAGCUCAGGGUAUUCUCAUUCAAAAUGCAGUUUACCUCUCAGAUUUCUGAACUCAGGAAUAGUCUAGGUGUUGUGAACUCCGCAGCAGAACAGGUAAAAAAUUCUGAAAAAUUCAAAAGAAUAAUGCAGACGAUUUUGUCACUUGGGAACGCCCUAAACCAAGGGACUGCUAGGGGUGCUGCGGUUGGGUUUAAAUUGGACAGUUUGCCGAAACUCAGUGAAACACGGGCACGUAAUAACCGAAUGACUCUGAUGCAUUAUCUAUGCAAGAUUCUUGCUGAAAAAAUCCCAGAAGUUUUGGAUUUUACAAAAGAAUUAUCCUCGUUGGAGCCGGCAACAAAGAUUCAACUGAAGUUUCUGGCCGAGGAGAUGCAAGCUAUAAACAAGGGACUUGAGAAAGUCGUACAGGAACUUUCCUUGUCCGAAAAUGAUGGCCCGAUUUCCCAUAACUUUAACAAGAUAUUGAAGGAGUUCCUUCAUUAUGCGGAAGCAGAAGUAAGGUCAUUGGCUUCACUUUAUUCGGGAGUGGGAAGAAACGUGGAUGGUUUAAUUCUCUAUUUUGGUGAAGACCCUGCCAAGUGCCCUUUUGAACAAGUAGUGUCGACUCUUCUAAACUUUGUAAGACUGUUCAAUCGUGCACAUGAAGAAAACGGAAAACAACUCGAGGCAGAAGCUAAGAAGAAUGCUGCUGAAAAGGAGAAACCAAAAACAGGUGGAUUAGAUACAGAAAUCAAGAAGCCCUUAAAUGAAGAAGUUAAGGAGGAGAAAACAAAAACAAGUGGAUUAGGUAAAGAAAUGAGUGACCGACUAAAGGAAAGAACCGCUCCUUGAAUGACCGGCUGUACCGUUUUCUAUAUGGAAAUGGUCUAAGACCGAACGGGCUUUGAGAAGAAAAAGCACCCGGUGAAGCCGUGCGUAAAACUGGCUUUAGACCAUGGAACAACAGGGAGUGGGAUGCUAAGGACAACAAUAUUUUAUCUCUUUAACGGCAAAGCUAACUUGUAAAAUAGGGAGGGGUAUAAAAUAAAAUUGUAAUUAGAAAGCAAUAAACAUAAAUACAUUAGUAUACCACAUGUUUGGUCAAUCUCAAUAAGCAAAUGUCACUUU